AUGAGCUUGAGUGCUGCCGAGGAUAAUUCGGCAUCAGAGAUUCAUAUACCAGCUGAUAUCGAUUGGCAUAUGCUUGACAAGUCCAAGUUUUUCUUUCUUGGGGCAGCUUUAUUUUCAGGUGUUUCAGCCGCUCUUUACCCUGUUGUUGUUUUAAAGACUAGGCAACAGGUUUUGCCUACGCAUAUUUCGUCUCUCAAAUUGUCAUUGUCAAUUAUGAAUCAUGAAGGUGUGAGAGGAUUCUAUAGGGGUUUUGGUACUUCUUUGAUGGGUACAAUCCCAGCUCGAGCGCUUUACAUGACAGCACUUGAGGUUACUAAGAGCAGUGUUGGGACUGCAACUGUUAGGUUAGGGUUUUCGGAUACUACAGCAACGGCUAUUGCUAAUGCAGCUGCUGGGUUGAGUUCUGCCAUGGCUGCACAGCUAGUUUGGACCCCAGUUGAUGUUGUGAGUCAAAGACUCAUGGUUCAAGAUUGUAAUGCUAGCACGAUCAAGAGUAGCAAGAGUGUGAUUCCCAGUUCCAGUUCGUUUAGGUAUAUGAAUGGUCUUGAUGCAUUUAGGAAGAUUUUGAAUGCAGAUGGUCCAAGAGGGUUGUAUAGAGGAUUUGGGAUAUCAAUAUUGACUUAUGCACCAUCUAAUGCAGUUUGGUGGGCAUCUUACUCUGUGGCUCAUAGGCUUGUUUGGGGUGGUAUUGGUUGCUAUGCCAAUAAAAAAGAUGAGAAUGCUGUAAACGUUGGUGGGGGUUUUGGUUAUAGGCCUAAUUCGAAGGAAAUGGUGGCAGUGCAAGGAGUGUGUGCAGCCAUGGCUAGUGGAGUUUCGGCUAUGAUUACUAUGCCACUUGACACAAUUAAGACACGCUUGCAGGUUUUGGAUGGAGAGGAAAAUGGAAGAACAAGGCCAUUGACAGUUAUGCAAACAGUUAAGAAUUUGGUGAAGGAGGGUGGUUUUGCGGCUUGUUAUAGAGGGUUGGGACCAAGGUGGGUUUCAAUGGCUAUGUCUGCAACAACCAUGAUCACAACAUACGAGUUUUUGAAACGGUUAUCCACCAAGAACAGAGAGAGCUUGACCUCAUGA